AUGCCGGUGGCUUCUCCCUUCGACCUUUGGUUUGCGCCAUCCGCAGCUCUUGCGCCAAAUCGAAAAUUGGAACUGGAUGAUGGAAGUGUUCAGGUUCUGGAUAGUCUUUGUCCAGGUUCCGCUGUCUGCGAUGCUCACAUGCCGGCCGGCUGCUGCGUCGUCUGCGCCGACAUGACAUCUCAGAAAAUGACGUCCUCAGGCGCCUCAUCCAAUCCUGCCUCAAGCCGUUCCGAUGUCCGUUGCGAACGGCCGUCGGGACCAUUGUUGACGUUGCUCUGGGUACAGUCCGCUACGGCGGUUCUGAUCCCGUUUGACAAUUGCCUGGAUAAGUCCUACCAGAUGGACAAGCCGACACGUCUACAAUGGGUGCCCCUCUUUGUCGAUGCCUCGUUCGAUGACCACGACGACAGACACACACUGAAGCUGACCAUGUGGGGGAACGUAACCGGCGUGGCUAGUUCUGGAAACAUCAUGCUCCCCGCCCCCGGCAGUCCGGACUGGAACGACACAUCCAAACACGAUGGCAAGAUUGUCGCCGUGCCAGAACCGGAGUCGAGCAACCCAAAGGUCACCACUCUUUUCACAAACAUCAAUGUUCUCACGUAUAAUGAGGCCACGGAACGCACCGACUUUUGCAACCAAUCGUUGAAGCACGGAGUUUGUCCUUUAGGUCCUGUGUGGGACUUUAACAGGUAG